UUUUGUGUAUUAUCCAAACUCAGUUUAUAACAGGAUAAAACAAUGGCUAAAGCCUGUGUGUAAACCCUAGAAACCACCGAUGACGACGGUUUCACUUUCAACCCUUGCCUCUACCUACCCUUCCCCCAAAUCGAUUCCAUUUCAUACUACAACAUCACACUCAAUCCAAUGCUCCAAAUUCUCAAUACCAACUACCUUUCGAGCAACAAAAUUGGGGGUUAUUUCAUACGGUACAAAACCUCUAGGAUUUGUUGUAAAAUCAACAUCCAGCAGUAUAGAAGGCGAAUCGUCAAAAGAUGAAGCUGAAAUGCAAGCACGAGGCGAGAGUACGAUGCCCGAAAGGUUUAGAUACUUGACCAAAGAAGUUCCUGAGCCUCCGGUCAGAUGGCCUUAUUUAAUCGCUUUGGGUUUCCUCUUGUAUGCGUGGAGAACAGUCUUAUGGGAACUUUACAACUGGAAAAAGGCCGCAACAGCAAUUUUUCAGUUCUUCGGAUACAUUUCGAAACUAGUAUUAGCCCUAGUAUUCCAUUUCAUAGGCGAUCCGAUCACAGCCACAAUUCGAGCCAUCGAAACCAUUUUUUACACCCUUCGGGCAUUCUACUCACAAAUAAUAGCAUACACUCCCAUCCCCGAGCUUUCAACAAUCAUCAUGCUGACAUCAGCUAUACUCGCCAUUAGUGAAGUAGCAUCUCCAAAUUCAGUAGAUAACCAAUGGCAUCUGUUAACGGUUUCGGGUCUCACCGGAUACUUUGCUGUCAAAGGAAUGAUUGGAGACCUUGUGUUUUGGACCCUUCUUUUUGGGUUAUUUUCGUUUUCACGUUUUAUAAAGAAGAGAGAUUACGUGUCCUCUGUUUUGCCUGUUGCCGCAGUGCUGGCAGGUGUAGGUGAGCCGUGGGUCAGGGUUGUAGUCAUCGGUGGGUUCUUGGCUCUGGCUGUCGUCCAGUACUCCAAGAACCAGCCGCAAGAAGUGAAAGAUGAAGUCUCUGUUACAACAACAGGGGGGCGAAGGGUUCCGGUUCCUUUGUUAUGUGCAGCGUUAGCUAUUGGUGUCCGGAUUGCUGCUAGAUGGGCUGGAUAUCGACAUUUGACAUGGAUGGUGGUCUGAAAGGUCGUCAUGCGGUUUAGAUCAGUUUUACUUGUGAGAUAUAAAUGUAUUUGAGUUGAUGCUUUGAAUCUGUUUAAUCAGAAAGUGAUUUUGUGGUAAUGAGAUUAAAUUUGUUACUGUUUAACAAUGCAUAUGGUUCUAAGAUUU